GAACUCUGCUCAGUUCUACAUUAGACGGAGCUGUUUCAUAACCUUUUUCCGAGUCGAGUCGUAGUGAAGUGACUGUCUCCAUCAUCCCUUCUGACCUCAAAAUUAAAAAAAAGGGAAAAUGGUCUUACCAACCUGAUUUGAGUGAGUGGAGAAGAGUGUCGAAGAAAAUGGUUAUUUGAAGGAAAAGUUUCGAUAUUUAAACAAUAUAAUGUCACUGCUUUGAGGGUAUUAAGAAUAGAUGGAGUAAAAGCUCGUAGCACAGUAAAAGUGAAGUGAAAAAAGGAGAUCCGGGCAUUAGAGGCAAGUUACGAAUGGAGAAAAUGUUUGUGUACUAAUUUAUCGAUUUUUCUUAUAAAGCUGUGUGUGAACUUUCUGAAGAACUGGAAAAAUUGCUUCUUAUAGGCGGUUGCUUUGAUAUGAAACAAAUCUGUUACAAUAUCAAUGAUCGUUUCGUGCGGAGAAAAGCGGGUUUUUCUUCGUUCUGCUUCAAGUAAAUCAAAGAAUUGGUUCCUUAAUUUCAUUGAUCGUGAAUGUUUGUGAAUAAGGAUCGCUUCCGAAAGACAUACGGCGGAGCCGGUUCAGGACGAUUACAAGCGUCUGCAGAGAUUUCCGGAAAGCCAGUGCGUCGCGGUUUGCCACAAAAACCUGCAACGUCAGAAAAAAAAAAUGAACGUAAUUUAAUUUACCACCGGCAACACAAGAAAGCCCUUUUGCAAAAAAGCACUUCACAAACCAACGCUUGGCAGGCCGGUAGCCGGAGUUGCAGAAUUAUCAUGCUGUAAUAAAUUAUAGCAAUUGAUUGAAAAGAUACGCUUGGGUGCCGUGCCCCUGAACAGUUCUUCUGAUUCCUGGGGGACCGGCGGGGUCGUAGUUUGUGUAAAACAAUGGCUUACCUCAAUCCAGUAUGUGAUAGGGAGGGAUAUAAUGCCACACGCAACAAAAAACCGAAACAUGUAUAUGAACAGCGCAGCUUCUGCCGGCCGGAAAAUGUGCAGUUCGGGAAACUGUACAUCGAGGUUACCACAAAUACAGCGUUGUUCAAAUAAUAAACAAUCGUAGUAACCGGUAUUUGAGAGGGUUGUAAGUAACAGGGCCACCAACGGUGAACUGAACCGUUCUACCGGGAUAGAAUACUCUGAGGUAGAAAUAACGCCCACCCGGACUGCUGUUGUUGGAAAGUGAAUAUGAAUGGAAGCAUAACAAGUUCGUGAAAAAAUAUGCCGCGGCACUAGCAGAAGCGAAUGUUUGUGGAUGUAUAUGAAAGAGUGUAGCAAUUCGAGUAAUCAACAUACCUUGAAUAAUUUAAUAUUGUAGAGUUUUGCGUUUGAACAUGCACAAAUUAUUUUGAAUGUGAUUGUGUAUAUUUUUUUUGUUCACAAAUUAAUUGUAUGGUUUUAGAAGCAGUAAAUGAUUGUGGCAGGACUAAUCAUCCGAAUGUGAUUUUGGUGAAUAGGAAAGACCGAGGCGAUAAUUAAUAGAAGAGAACACAACAAAUAGUAAAUUUUAAUUGAAAUACAAAAAAUCGAACAUCAUUUUGAAAAAACUAUCGGUGUGAAGUGUGGAAAGCUGAAGUGUGGUACGACCGCGGGAUCAUGGCAGCAACUUCAUGCGGCCCUGGGAGGCCGCCACCUGUGGUUUACCGACGGUUGGUCUUGAUCCAUUGGCUGUUGCUGACGAUCCUAGCGCUAGUGAUUGUCGACCUUCCGAUUGUGAAAACGGAGAAAACCAAAACUUAUCACAUGGACACAAUCUGUAAAAACCACUUUCUACAACAAUUGUAUAGAAAAAUAGAUGGUGCUACCCUCUCCUCCAAGAACGAGAGAAAUCUAAACUGUGUUAUCACAUUUCAAACACACUCGAUACUGCAGAGGUUUAUGUUACGUUUCGAUAUGCUUCAAUUAGACUGUAAUGAUCAUUUAUACGUGUAUGAUGGAGCACAUGCUGUCGGCACACAUAAGGCGGAUUUAACCUGUAAGGACACUAAACAAUCAGUGGGCGCCUUGUUCACCAAGACAAACUUUCUUACAUUCAAGUACGUGACCGACAACUGGGGCACGGACACGAACGGUUUCAAAAUGGUUAUAACUUCCGUCAAGGAUUCCAAAAUCAAUUGUGCUGACUUCCGGUGUAGUCAACCGGAAUUUUGCAUACACCAGGAUCUGCUUUGUGAUGGAGUGAAUCACUGUGCGGACGGAUCGGACGAAGCAGUCGGGUCGCUAUGUCCGGCACCGAACGAGUAUAUCAAAACGAUCUUUGGCGUCGAUUUGACGUGGAUCAUUCUGAUCGGUGUGAGCAGUCUGGUGGUGUGCGGCUGCAUCGUUGGCAUGACGAUAUGUGUUUAUCUGCGAAACUCACGCCCGGGUGCAGCACCCAAUCAGCUCAACUCAUCAAUACAAUUGAAUCAGAUGAUAGAAUCAAACGGUUCAUCGAAGCAUCUGCAUGCAACACUGCCGCGGGAAACAACAACGCUACCUGCUUCGGGAAACUUGCAUCACCCUGCGGGACCAUUAGGGUACCUCCGCAUUCCACACAAAUUGAUGGCCAAAGUCCGUCCCAUUUGGUGCCUGGCAAAUUAAGACAAUUAGGUCCGGAUUUAUCGCAACAAACCUCACAGAAAGAUGAGUGGUUUGUCUAGAGCUAGACAGGAAACACAUAGAGCAACAAAAAUGAAAAUCACCAAAAAUGUAAAGAAAAUUCUUGCAAACACAAAAAGUAACGGAAACAAUCGCCAACACUAGUUCGAGAAAAAAAAGAAGUUAAAUGAUGCAGAGGAGGGAGAACAACGUGCAGCGGAUAUAAGAGCAAAAGUAACAGCAAACAGCAGCAAUAACAUCUGCGUCUUACCAACUGAGAUAGAUAGCAACAGCAGCAGCAGGAAGAUCAGAAAAGCAUUUACUCGGAAAUCAACGGCUCGAAGAUCAUGGUCAUUACAUAUGACGCUUGUAAAAUUUAUCUUCUUACUGCAAACCACACGCAAAAUGCAUCUUUUUUCACGUCAAAAGCGCAAAACAAAACUAGCACCUUUCGAUUCAACACGAGCGACGGAAAGUACAAGAAUCCAGAAAGGAAAUCAUGCAAAAGUAUCGUGAUCGUGCAAACGACCGACAAACGGCGUCCAGAAAAAGAACACGAACAAAUGCAACAGUGAAUUAGCCAAAUUUUACUAGCAAAAAGAAGAACUAAAGAGGAUAAGAAAACUGCAAAAAGCAUAAACAAAAUCAUCUAUUCCGACAAACGAACAAAUCAUACACAAUUGGAGAAUAAUUUUUGGCACUAUAUGAAGACUGUCUGGUUGGUCAUCAAAAACCGCGCAGGGUGUAUAUUCAAAGGGAGUAUCAGUGUACCCAACAUCUAGCAAUUACUUGUACAUAGCAGAGCAGAGCAGAAUUGCAGAACUAUAUAUAUAUAUAUAUAUAUAUA